ACUAUAACAUCUGAUUUCUGCUUUCAGGUGAAUAUCGACAUAUUCUUAUUCCGAAUAAACAUGCGAUACUCGACGGUUGUAAUUGUUCUGGGACUACUUUAUUUGGCGGAUGCAGUGAGGUCAUUGCCUUACCUGACGGAUGAGGACACGAUGGACGAUUACAGCGAUAAUCUAACUCGAUUUUUGUUCUACACCUGGAAGCGAGGCUGUGUUCGACGAGGCAGUAGCUGCGACAACCGACCGGACGAGUGCUGUUAUAACUCCUCGUGCCGCUGUAAUUUGUGGGGCACAAACUGUCGGUGUUCCAGGAUGGGGCUUUUUCAGAGAUGGGGAAAAUAAUGACGAAAGAGACUCAACGAAAGUGUGAUGGAUAAACAUACUUAUGUAGCAGUGGAAAGCUCGCUGUAUUCUUUAAAAUUUCAAUGAACAGAUGUAGUACAGGGAAUUUAUAAACGAUGUAGCACGUA